AUGGAAUUGAUCAAUAGUUUAAUCACUGUGGCAACCUGUACCAGUCGAUUGGAACGGUGGCUUUCUCCAGCGACUCCCUCUAGUGAAGAUUUCAACAUCCAAUUCAAGAAUGGCUCUUCAGAGAACGAAUCUCCCGAAGAGCAGCAAAUCGAUCGUGUGGCUCAGGAGUACACGAAGUUGCAGCAUUUUGUGAAGAAGAGCGUCAACCAUCCAUUUGUGGAGGAAUUGAAACCCAGAAUCCAACAAAUAACAACCAAUCUUCAGGGUCAGUUGGAGGGUCGUUUGUGUAGUGGACUUGACCUCUGCCACAUUGUGCAGGCCAGUGGUCAAUUGCAUUCACCCGCCUCAACUAAGGCCUCGGCUAUUUUGCGUCAAGUUCUCUCAACUUACAUUUCCAUCGACAAGCUCUCGAGCGCUGUGACUCUCUAUCGAAGUCAUUGUCUUCAUUCUCCACUUUCUAAGAUAUUUUCGCCUUGUCCGGAGCUCUCAUCAACUGGAGCAGACAUUGAUGCUGCCGCUUCUACACUCCAGCGAAUGUUCAAGGAGGCCAUCAAUCUACUGGAUAGUGAACUCUCACUCUUUCAGGUUCUUGUGUUCAAACGCUUGCAUAAGAGCUACGAACCGUUAAGUGAAUUCGAUGUCAUUGUGGACGCCUUCUUCCCUGAAACUGUCGAUAUUCUCCUCAGUCAACUUCCCGAUAUCUUCUCUGCUGGCAAUCCCGACAAGUUCCAUAAGCUAUAUAAAAUUGGACUUGAAUUCCUGGAUCUUGUGGAAGCAAGAACGGAUUCAACAAAACAGGUCAUCAAGUUGAGGCAACAUUCCUCUUAUGUAUCGUUUCUCAGUAAAUGGAGCCUCAGUGUCUACUUUCAACUUCGAUAUCAGGAAUGCAAUGAGGCUGUCACUGAAUGCACCAAGAUAUUUUUCAAAGCGGCUGAAGACGGUCCCCAUGUCGGUUACGCAUUGGCGCUAACUGCUACUAUAACUCAACAAAUUCAGCGAUGUUGGUCAGGUGACGUCUAUUUGGACGCCUUGCGACAUCGUUUUUGGAAACUCUCUCUUCAAUUGGUGAAUGUUUAUGCCUAUUUAAUUCCUAAGAUGGCUGUUCUCCAAGCGCCUACAACUCUUGAAAAAAGAGGAAUCUCUAGUAUUGAAUCCCUACUUCUAGUCUUUUUCGAUGGCAGUCUUUUCCUCAAAUGGAUUGAGGAGGGUGGUUUGGUGAACCUUGUUCUACCUACACUCCAAAAUCAGGACACUGAUCCCCUUCCUGAGUGGUUGACUCAGUGUAUUGAAGACUCGAUAGAGAGGACUAGGAAGUCAUUGAAUACUGUCAAAGAAAACAUUGAAAAUGUGCAAGCGCUGACGAAACAUGUUCAGGAAUUGCCUCGACAAUAUCGACGAACGAAUCGAGAAUGGCCUUCUGCACCCUCUGCCUUCAUGCCUCGGAUUACGCGUCAAUUGCAGGAUCUGGCACACAUUCUACAAGACAACAUUCUCACCAAACCUCAAGUUGAAGCCUCUCCUGCACUUCGAGCUCAAUUUACGGAACUGUUUGAGCAGAUGGUUCUGCAGACUACCAAUAUGUAA